AUGGAUAAUUUAAAUAUACCGCAAACAUUUAAAGUACAAUGGUUGAACAGCACUCUAAAAUUCAUAAAAGAUGACACCCAAUUGUUGAAGCAAUACCCAAAGAUGCCGUCAACUCAUGUUGAAUAUUUUCACAAUUUAAUAUGGCAGCGCGAAAAUAACGUAGGUCUAGGUUUCAAAUCUCUUUACUCGCCCGUAUGGGAAGCUAUGAGCAUUUACAGCGUGAAAUACCAAUUCAAAAUUAUCAUCGAGAAAUCUUUGGAUGGUAAAGAUGGGUUGCUCGUAAUGGAAAAGAUACCAAAGAGUUUGAAUAACAACAAUAAGGAAGAAAAUGGAGAACAGAAAGACAUUGAAAUUAAAGUACAAUGUCCUGAAAAGGAAAUCAAAAAAUCUAAGAAAAAUACCAAGACGGAGGAAACUAAGAAAAAAAUACCGUCAAAAAGUAAAGCUUUCAAGAAGUUUCUGGAUAACCAGCUAAUACUAGAUGGGAUCUCUCCAUUGUUUGUAAAAGAAAAAUUGAAACGGAUUCUAUUAUUUGUACUAGAUGAUUAUUCUUCUAGUAUAAUAUUUACCGAUUUAGCCGGAAUUGAGUCUAGAUUUAUAGAAAAUAUAUCUAGUUUAUGCAAACGGAGCAAGGAGUUUGAGGAACAGUUGUCUCCACUCUCUUUUGAAAUGCUCUCCGAUAUAGCUGAUUGCAUCAACGGCAAUAAUAAUUAUCAACUUGAAAUUACCAAUAAGAUUAAUGAAAAAACUAGUAAAAGGACCGAUAAAGUAUCGAAAGAAACAACAAUCAUACAAAACAACAAAAAUGUAUCACAAAAUGUAUUUAAAGCGGAGAAAACAUUAACAGUAGAAAAUGUUAAAGAACACAACCAAAUGAUGGAGAGUGAAAGAAAAAUUUUUUUGGACCCAAAGAAAGUGGACAUGAAAGUUACUAUUAAUAAUACUAAAAGUGUAAUACCAAAAGAGAAAUCUGUCGCCUUCAUUAAAAGUGAAACAAAGGUCACGAAUGUUGAUGAAAAAUGUCACAACAAUAACAUAAAAGAUGGAAUGAGUAAUACAUUAAGUAAAAUAGUACCAAAGAAUGCUAUUAGUUUUACUAAAGGCGAUAAUGUUAAGGAUAAUUCAACAGAAGUGCAAAAAGUUAGUAACAAUAUGUUGAAAUCAAAAAUAAUCAGCGCUAUGAAUGUGCCUAUAAAGAGUGAAAAAGCAACGAGGAUGAUGCGUCUGAUGGGAUGGGAGGGCGGAGCCCUAGGGCUUCACGGGACCGGCAUCACUGAACCGAUCAUACCUACAGCGAAUUACAAUUGUAGCGGCCUGGGCCAUGUUCCACCGAAAAACGAGAAAACCUAUCAAGGUAGCAGAAAGUCGAUCAAACAAGAAUUCAGUGUUGGCAUCAUGGAUUUAAUAAACAAUAGACUACAAACUGUCACUUUAUAUCCGGAAAAUAAAUUCAUAGACAAGGAAAUCAACUUUUGGCGGGACACAGUAGACAAUCUCAAUAAAAGAUUGAAAUUAGAUCGUACUGUGAGGAACUCGAGUGUGUUGAGACAGAAGAUGAAAGAAAAUCCGGAUAUAGAAUUCAGUUUGGUGUUCUCAGAUGAUUAUAUGAUGAUGACAAUCAUAAAACGUAUGACAAAUACAUUACUGCCAGUGAGAUCUCAGCAAAAGGUUCUACCGGAGCAAACAAAGAAAAAAACCUUCCUAAAAUUUAUUAUUACAACACUCACAGAACUAUUAUCUGGCAAUACUACAGAGAUAAAUCUAACAUAUGAGAAAGAAUUGCAGGAUAGAUUUAUUGAUGGGCUGUUUGAAUUAAUAACAGUUAUUAAUGAAAGAAAAAUAGUUACUAAGAAUGAAAAUUUAAUGAAUCUGGUCACGUGUUUGGUAAAAGAAUUGGAUGCUAAAAACUUAUAUGUGUCAGCGGAAAUUAGCGGAGAUAGCAAAUCAGUGACAUUAUACAUAAAAAGUUAUAAAAUAAAUCAAGAAAAUUCAACCCCAAGAAAACAUGAAGACUCGCCCUACGAUAAUAUAAAGAAUAAUAUAAAAUUAAAGAAAAAAAAGAGAAUAAUUAAUGCAUUGUACGAGAAGAAGUUCUCCGAUGAAAAUGUUUCCCAAGUGAAAAAAUGGUACAAAUCGAAAUUUUUCAAAAAUCCUUCAACCAAAGAUCAGGUCGUGAAAAAUAUUUUGGAUUUAAUUGGAAAUGAGGACUUCAGCUUUCCUUCAUGUUCAAAUUCAAAGCGUCCUAAAACGACUAAUCAGGUUAAGGAAAACUUUGGCUCCAGUGCCAGUCUUUCAGAAAAAUCUGUAUCACUAAAAGAAACUAUGAAAAUGAUGAUGGACUCAAGUGAAAGCGAGGAAGAAUUAGAAAAUGAAAUUCCAAAUCCUGUAGAAGUUUUUAAUUAA